AUGUUGAACCUACUACGCCCUCUACUGGUCGUCUGGAUGUACCUCCUCGUCUCCAGCCACGCCGCCCCAAGAUACAACAACGGCUUUUUCUACCACGACAUCAUGAACGGCGAUGGCAACGGAGAGAUCUAUUUCAACGGGGUGCGUCUCCACGUGGAGUCCCCCGAGCCCUCGGUGUCGGCGGCCAGGGGUAGUAAUGUUACCCUGCCCUGUCACUACCGCUACGAACCCGAGAUCAAUGGCCCCCGUCGGACCCGGGUCAAAUGGUCUUGGCUGCCCACCAACGGCGCCAGCACGACCACCCAUGAGACCGACGUGAUGGUCGCCAUGGGCAACCGUCACCGUAGCUACGGCAGCUUCCAGGGGAGGGUGCGCCUGCGUCGGGCUGCUCCAGGGGACAUGUCGCUGGUGAUCAAGGAGCUGCACCUGAACGACACGGGCCGCUACCGCUGUGAGGUCAUCGACGGGCUGGAGGACGAAAGUGUGACGGUGGAGCUGGAGCUGCGAGGAGUGGUAUUUCCCUACCACUCCCAGAAGGGCCGCUACCAUUUCAACUUCCUGGGGGCCCAGCGUGCGUGUGAGGAGCAGGAUUCGACCCUGGCCACCUUCGACCAGCUCUUUGCCGCCUGGGAGGAGGGGCUCGACUGGUGCAACGCCGGCUGGUUGGCUGAUGGGACGGCUCAGUACCCAAUCACCACACCGCGGGAGCCCUGUGGGGGCGUGGACUUAGCCCCUGGUCUCCGUAGUUAUGGACAACGCCACCGCCACCUCCACCACUUUGAUGCCUUCUGUUUCUCAGCUGCCCCCAAGGGGACAGUAUACUUCCUGAAACAACCCCAGAAGUUCAACUUCACUGAGGCGGUGGCAGCGUGCGUUGACGACGGCGGUCACAUCGCUAAGGUGGGCCAACUCUACGCCGCCUGGAGGUUCAUGGGAUUGGACCUCUGCGUCGCGGGCUGGUUGGCCGAUGGGAGCGUCCGUUACCCCAUCGCCAAGGUCCACCCUAACUGCGGCCCCUCAGAGCCAGGGGUGCGUCAUGUCGGAUUUCCUCCUCAGCAGCAGAAAUACAGUGUCUACUGCUAUCGGUAA